AUGGAUUCAGUUCAAUCCCUUAAUUCUGAACAAAGAUCUCAGUUCAUCGUCAGAGUGGAUCACAGCAGAACGCCCUACUCCAAGAUGAAGAGAGUAUACUCCAGUUUCAAAUCACCGCUUCAAGUACCAGGAAGCACUAAAGUUAACCCUGAGGAAGAGGUGUCUGGGCUGAAGAAGAAGAGAGAUCAGCUGGACCGUGAAAUAUCCCUGCUGGAGGCUGAAGGGUACAAUAUGGAGGAGCUGGAUCAUCAUAUUGACAAGCUGCACGAGUACAAUGACAUAAAAGACAUUGGACAGUCGCUUCUUGGUCGAAUAGCUGCUUUGAGGGGAACCACCACCCGGGACCUCUACAGUCACUUUGGACUUGAUUUAGAUGACUGA